AUGCCCUUUGGAGUUUAUUAUCUGUUCAAUGGUGUUUGGGGGUUGCCAGCCGUUGUCUGUGACUGCUACAUCGCCAUGGAUGUCACUUGCUCCACUUCAAGCAUAUUCAAUCUAGUCGCCAUAUCAGUUGAUAGAUACAUCGCUGUAACACAACCAAUCAAAUACGCAAAACACAAGAGCAACGCGCGAGUGUGGCUUAUGAUAGCUGUAGCCUGGCUCGUCUCUGCUGCAAUCGGUUCUCCAGUGGUCCUGGGCCUCAACAACACGCCUGACAGAAGUCCUGACCAGUGCCUGUUCAACAGUACCGACUAUGUGAUAUAUUCAUCACUUGGAUCAUUCUACAUUCCAUGCAUCAUAAUGAUGUUUCUAUAUUAUAGGAUUUUUAAGGCAAUCCGACAACGUGCCAAAAAACAACGUGGGGCCAAAACCUCGUCAGCGGUCAGCUCAGCCCUCUCCAGCGGUACUGCGGCUGUUGUGAUUGAGAACAUUGCGCAGACACAAAGAUUUGUAGAAGUGCCAGAGGAUCGACCGACUAACACUGCCUCUGGGAGUAAUGAGGACGAUGAUGAUAAUUUUGAUAGGUCGGAAAUGGGUGCGUAUGCUGAGGAGUUGGUGAACACCAGGUCCGCCAGAUUUAUGUUAGCUGCAGUCGUGGAAGAAACUGGACUAAUAAUGGCGAAUUUGGCGUCUCCAAUACCAAUGAUGGAUCCCAACACGAACAACGACUCUGGCUACGCGCCUUCAAAUAUGGACGUGGAUAAAGACCACACUGAUCACACUCCACCUCCUUCUCCAUUAAAAGAAGAGAAGAAGAAAGAAGAGAAGGAGUUACCUAAGAAACCAGAAUUAAAAAAGAAACUAAGCCGUCUAAGCAACACUUCACUCAUCUCAACUCCUCGACGGAGAUUCAGGAGUGCAGCAUCUGCAGCAAGGUUCACUAUAUUCAGAGCGAACAGAGCUGGUAAACUGCGGGCUAAGUCCUUCGCUAAGAAAGAGAAAAAAGCUACACAAACACUAGCUAUUGUACUCGGCGUAUUUCUCUUCUGCUGGGCACCAUUCUUCACUUGCUCAGUACUAGAUGCUAUAUGCAUUAAAUUCGGCUUCGACUAUACACCGGGAGUGACUGUCUUCAUUCUAACAACUUGGCUGGGUUACAUCAAUUCAUUCCUGAACCCAGUUAUUUACACCAUUUUCAAUCCAGAGUUCAGAAAGGCGUUCAGGAAGAUACUUCACUGCUCA